GGAUUGGUCGAGUCCAACCUGGCAACCCGGAGGGAGUCUGGUGGCAGAAAACCUAGCCAGCAGCGGAGUCUCGGUUUCAGAUCGACUGACGACGGGAGCUGCGCCGCGUCCACAAGCUGCUGCUGCUGCUCCUCACUUCUCCUCCGGCCCAAGACAAAUCAAUCUGGUGUAGAAGCAAAAAAGAGAACCACAGUUUUCUUCUUAGUGGUGGAGGACGGAUCUGGACCUCGUCGCUCCGGCCCUCCUGCCAGUUGUGACCCCCGCUGGCGUCUCAACGGAGAAACCCUCGAAGUGAAAGUUACCACACGUGGAGUCUUCGUUUGAGCAACAGCUUAAACAUACUUCAACAGUUAUCUUACAUUCGGGACGAAAGUUAACACCAAGCAUCUGUUUCAUACGUCUUUGUAACAACAUGGCAAAGAAAAACAGCCAAAGGGAUACGUCUGGGGUGGUGUUCGACACUCGCUCGAAAAUGGUCAUGUCCCAGGGAGGCACGGCGGAGAGAAUGAAGGAGAAGAUCAGUGCUGUCAGAGCAGUCGUCCCCAACAAGAGCAACAAUGAGAUUGUGCUGGUGUUGCAGCAUUUCGAGAACUGCGUGGACAAAGCUGUUCAGGCUUUCAUAGAAGGAAGCGCAAUUGAGAUCCUGAAAGAGUGGAAUGUCACCGGCAAGAAGAAGCCCAAGAAGAAAAAGAAGCCCAAGCCUCAGCCCGAGGCCUCAGCAGAGCUCGCUCCACCGGAGGCCGCGUCGGCCGGGGAGGGAAAGGAUGAGAUCAACGGUUUUCAUGCCAACGGAUCAGUGGUGGACGGAGAGUCACUCGAUUCUCUGAGUGAACAGUUGGACUCGGCCUCCCUCGACGCAGCAGAGCUGGACUCUGAACCCGCCACGUCUGAAACAACUGGUGCAGAAGCAGAAAGUCAAGAUAGAGCCCAGAGUCCCGUGUCUCCGCAAGAAGGACGAAAUCAUCAGGCUCCCAGAGGCAACAAGGCCCGACGCAGGCCCGGCCCAAAUUCACAUCCCCCCAUUUCCUCAUUAGGACCCACCAUUGAUGAACCAGCAGUCAAGAAGAUCGCUUCCACCAUUGACCGCUCUGUGAAGGACCUGCAGCGAUGCACCGCCUCACUGACUCGCUACAGGAUGGUGGUCAAGGACGAGAUGGACUCGUCAAUCAAGAGGAUGAAGCAGACGUUUGCCGAGCUCCAGAGCUGUUUAAUGGACAGAGAAGUGACUCUGCUCUCAGAAAUGGAUAAAGUGAAAGCAGAUGCCAUGGUGAUUCUGAACGCUCGGCAGAAGAGAGCCGAGCAGCUCAGACGGCUGACGGACAAGUCGGCGUCCAUGUCCGAGGAGCAGUUGACUGAACUGCGCGCCGACAUCAAGCACUUUGUGAGUGAACGUAAAUACGAUGAGGACCUCGGGAAAGCAGUAAGAUUUACGUUUGAUCUGGAGCCGCUGAAGACGAGCAUCACAGGGUUUGGAUCAGUUUAUCAUCCACGUACAGGGUACUCAAACCGGUCCCGCUGUAGCUCCACGUCCUCUUCUGUCGCCAGCCCGAGUCUCCAGGAAGCUCCUCCUCCUCCCACCCAGACCCCGAGCAUCCCCAGUGAACACCGCCCCCCGCCAAACAAACAGAUUUUCCAGGGCAACAGGCGCACUUUCCAGGGCCAGGGUUAUCACUCGGGCGGUCAGCGGUAUAACGGCGGUUCUUACCAGGAGAGGAAUGCUGCUCGCAACGCGAUGCUGCACCGCAACCAGAGCGCUGGUGCUCAUCCUUCGCAGCGCUCCACCAACUCGAGGGCUCCCUCCAAUCCCUCCAAUCCCUCCCAUCCCUCCAAUCCUUCCAAUCCCUCCCAUCCCUCCAAUCCUUCCAAUCCCUCCCAUCCCUCUAAUCCCUCCAAUCCCUCCCAUCCCUCCAAUCCCUCCAAUCCUCCUCGUCCUCCUCGUCCUCCCACAACCCAGACCGAUCGUCUCACAACGGGCUGCCACAGAGGCCUCCGCGGACGCACUGCCCUUGACAUUUGGAAAUCCUGGUCUCGAUCAACCCCCCACCACCCCGACUAACCCCUGCACUCUCCUCCCUGUAACCCCCCCCCCCCCACACACCGACACCCCGCACACACACCAUACUAACUCCUCUCAAUGAAGAAUAGAACACAAGUUUACAUACUUCCAUCAGUUGAGCUGUAGUGCCACCGCUCCUCAUCAGUCCACUCAUCCUUCAAACUUGAAACGCUCUCUCGCUGUCGCUCUUUCUUUCUUUCUUCUUCUCAUCCUGGUUUAGGUAGCAGCUUCUAUCUUUAGCCCGUUUGAGAGAUCUCAUCGCGGCGCUAUCGACAGAUUCUUGUUCUUCAUCUUCUUGCUUUUGAGCCGCCUGCCAGAGACCGACAGGAUCAUCUGCAGCGAUUUGUGCUCUAUUGAAGUCGAGCUCGUAGAACUGUGUCUAUUUUUGCGGUGGCUUUUGUCGGCUCUCUGAUUUACACCUCCACUUUUUUUGGGGUUUUUGUUCUUCUCGUCUCCCAGAAACAUUUCAAUGCCUUCACUGUGGAAAUCGUUGUAAAAGUGCAAAAGUAGUUCUAGCGUGAACAGGGGUCAGGAGAGUAGACCUGCGAUCAACACUACAGACUAUUGUUAAUCUCUGCAAAGGUAAAAAAAAAAAAAAAUACUAGAGAACAUAUCAAACUGUAAUCCAGAGCUUUUCUUACGGCUGCUACCAACUUUAGGGAGUUUGUUAACGCUGUGAACUCUCAAAGGAAAAGUUCCCCAGCUCAUUACCUUUUUGUAGAACUACGUCAGAGCUUAUGUUUAAAAGCUAAUAACAAAGGAAUCUGUCCACAUGCUGUUUCAUACUUCUCCACAUGAUACUUUUCAUCAUACUCAGUUAAUUUCUUUUGUUAAAUGCACACGAAUGGCAUUUUUCUGACGUGCUUGCCUUGGGUCACAGAGCGACUUCACAUUUGCCUUUUUUUUUUUUUACAAAUGUCCGCAUCACGACGGCUCUUUCAACAGAUGGCGCAUGUAGAUCCAACGGAAAGAGCAAGUUGCCAGAUCUUCUCUUCCUCUUUUUUUAUAUCCUCACUUUAUCUCGUCGCAUCAGAAGGUUGUUAUCGACUUCGCAGAUCUUUUUUUUCUUCUAUUGCCUCCGAUUAGUCGCCGCAAAGGCUGUCGAUGGGGUUCAUCUCUUCGUUAUCGUCCAUAGUUUGCAAACGAAAAGCUGGUGAAUACCUCAUUGCUGAUGUUUGUGACGCGACCUGUUAUCGCAGUUUCCUCGCAGCGGGGCUCCGAGUACGAGACGGGAACCACCGGUGUCUCCUCCGAGCGGCGAGGCUGUCGAGGGAAACUCUCCGUCACGUUAUAGCUGCAUUUUCUUCAUGUGUCGUCUUCCCUCGAGCAGACUGCUGGAAAGAUAAGAGGGACGUUUUUGAAAAGAAACGAUUUUUAUUUUAUUUUGUUGAAAGAAAUUAAUUUAGUUUUCUCUCCCAGUUUGUGUUUCUUAAUCAGGUUUUCUGAUCAUAGGGAGUUUUUUUGUUUUUUAAUAAGAAAGAUUAUGUUCAUGAGUAUUUUUGGAGAAAUUAGUUUUAGUCAAUUGUUUUGCGGCUUUCGGUAAAUUUGUGCUGUAACAGUUUGACUUAAAGGAAUUUAAAAGAAAUUGGGAAAUAUGCUUUUUUACUUUGUUAUUUAGAGACGAAUAAAGAAAACUCCUGGACAAGGAGUGAAGUUUAUGCUUUGUGUUCUGAAGGAAAAAGUUCAGGGAUGAAGAAUAAACUUCUGGAUCAUCCAGGAUUGUCUCGUCCAAACUGGGUUAAGAGACAGAAGGAAACUGGAGUUUAAGUGUGAAACGACAAUCACUUUAAUGGUCUAUUUUCAAAUUGCUUUAAACCUCAGGCAAGAUGAAUCUGUUCCACUACGGAGACGUGAAACCAAUCGAUUUAUAAUCAACACAUUAGUCGACAUGUGAAAAAUGAAACAAAUAUUCACAUUUCAGAAGCUGGAACAAGUACAUUUUCUGUCUACAAAUGAAUCAACUAAUCAUUUCAGCUGUUGAGUUCAGUUUCUUCCUGGAGGUCAACAAGCGUUUUACCUGCUCAGGUUAAUCCAGCGCUGUGUUACCUUGUGAUCCAACUCUCGGUUAGAAGGCGAAAAAGUGUAUUUCCUGAGAAGUUAAACUCCUUUAAAGUGCUUUCUGAGACUUUUAUUGACUGAAGUUGUUGGAAAUUCUACAAUGAAGCUCGACCAGUUUCUCGGCGGAUCGACGGCGAGCCGCGGUGCGAGCCGCUCGACGCUGCAGGAAAAACAAUUCAGCUUUUACUCCAGAGAAUCUGCUGGACUCGUUCAGAGACGCUUUAGUUUCCUCGUCUGGGGAUUUUUGUCUGUCUCGCUUUAACCACUUUUCGUUGUCUCACAUUCCAAAACCGUAGGAAUAUUAGUUUAUCGCCAAAGAAAUAAUCUCGUCCCGUUUUUUAAGAAAAAAGAAAAAGAAAAAAAGUUACUGCCUUUUUGUUUUGUUUUGCUUGUAAACAUUUCCAAAGGGUAAAACUCCAACACUUCUCCUUUCCGUUUCCUCCUGCUUUACUUUUUGAUUCCUUACUGUAUAUACAUAUAUGUAGCUAUAUAAUUUUGUGCUCACAUAGGGCAUUCUGUAUGUGAUAUUCAUAUUAGGCAUAAUGGAGGUUAAAACAUCUAGUCGAUUCAUUCUUCCAGUAGAGCCUGUGUCCUCCUCCAGACGAUUUCUCUGAGACAACUAUAAACUCAAGUGCCUUUUCUCGUCUCCCACCGAUCCAUCGACGUCCCCUCCACCAGAGUAUGGACCAAAGACAUCAGCCGUCCCUGACACCCCUGCCCCCCCCCUCUCUCUCCCUCUCACUGAAUGGCACACUUUUCAUUUACUACGAAUAAACCGUUUGCAAUACUGA